AUGUUUGAUAUCAACGAUUCAGCGCUAGACCGAGAAAUCUGCUAUACAACAAUUGGGCAUCUUCCGCACUAUGUUGAGCCUAAACAAAUACCAACCAAGAAGUCUCCUUUUUCGGCAUUCUCCGGGCACCCGUUUGUUCAUUCGACAGAGCUCAUUUUACCAGAAGAAAUCUAUCAAACCGUCUGGGAUACGGUUUCAAGUAAAAUCAGUUCAUGUCAAUAUGCAAAAGUGUUUAUGUCUCUCGCAGAUAUCCUGGAGGGAGACUUUUUCAACAAAUACCUGAAAACUGGUAAUAUCUUGCUGAUCUCGGAGGGAAGAAGUGGCGUCGAUAAAGUGUAUUCUCUUCGAAAUGGCAUGCUUGGCCCUAUCGCUUUUUCUGGUCCUCCACGACUGACAACCGCCCGCGCGGCUCAGGCAUUCUUAGAUUGGAGCUCGACAAAAGCUCAUACGAACGAGCAGGCCUUGUUGGCAAACCAGUUCGUAGUGGAGGUAAAAAACACGUAG